AUGUUUAUCGCAUUCAAAGCCCAGAAUGGCGAAGAGGGGUUGCGUAACCCAAAGCAUAAACGGCGCAGUGAACGACUCAGUCGCCGGGGAUCUACACCACGAGCCUGCACUUCGUGUCGUCGUCGCAAAAUUAAAUGCGAUGGUGAGAAGCCCUGUGAAGCUUGUCGAUGGUACAAAAAGCCUGAGCUGUGUGGGUACACGGGACCUCGAUCAUCCCAAAGCCAGCCGGAGAAAGUGACAAUACCCUCGCCCGACUACAAAAGUACACUUGAAAGGCUUUUUCCCGACACUGCCCCCGAGAACAUCGCCAAUUUUUCAAGGGAUAAACUGCUAGAUUUGAUGACCGCAGGCGGAUCACAAUCCCAAUAUUCUCAGCCCCAAGACUCAUCGAUAGCUGCCGCAUCCCUAGACACCCACGACUCUGCAUUGUCGGGAGAAAUGCCUGGUUUGGAGUCACUACAUACAAUACCCGGAGAGCAACUCGAUGAAAUUCACUGCGCCAGCGCCUCGGAAUCAGUCGGACAUAUCUCGGACGACGUCAAUGCAUUAUCCCUGUCGGCUCGGCACCCAACUUCCUACCUAGGUGUUUCAUCUAUUCAAGCCGCACUGAAGGUUAUUGCGUGGCUCCAUCCAGCAGUUAACUCAUACUUUGCUCAUUCCAUGUGUAAAGAUCAAGAUCCACAGCCAACCGACUCAUUGCCCCCGUCGCAAACUGUACCUCAACCUGGCACCCCACCCACGGAACAUCAAAUGCUUGAUGCUUACUUUCUCAACUUCCAGCCGUUUGCACCACUCAUAGACGAAGAAGCUUUUCGCACAACUUACUUACUUGGUCGUCGAAAGGAUGAUCGAUGGCUUGCGCUCCUCAAUAUAGUUCUCGCGUUGGGAAAUAUUACAGCCGCAGGUGCAGAUAAUCAUACCCACAGCGUCCUUGAAGUCGUUCAGGCCCUGGGACUCAUGGGUGGCUGGUAUUGUCACUAUACUAGCCAGCCGAAUCUCGCAUACUCCCUUAUGGGUGCGUCGCUGCGGAUGGCAGUUACAUUAGGCUUGCAGCGGGAACCUUCCGAUAUUCAUUCGAUACUCGAUCCCAAGAAGUCCGGAAUCCAGGAAUUCAAACGUCGUGUCUGGUGGUCACUCUGCUGUUUGGAGACCUGGGGUCAUGAAACGCUCGGCCGACCAAGUAUGGAUUACUUUGGCCCGAGUAUCACAGUUAAUUUGCCUAGCCGGCUUGAUAAGGAAUCAUAUUUUGAGGUCCUGCCCUUGACGGAAAAUGUCCAAUUCGUGAAAAUUGCUUUGAAAAUUCAAGAAUCGUUAGCUGCGCUACCUACAUUAUCACAUACGGAGAUGUUCGAUCUGGACUCGCAGCUUGUUCGGUGGUGGCAUGACCUGCCACCGGUCCUCAAAGAUUACGAGCCAUGUCCCGAAUCACUAUAUGCAGUGCGUACUGUGAUGCGUUGGCGGUUUUACAAUCAUCGCAUGCUACUUUAUCGUCCAACUUUACUGAACUAUGCAAUGCGACGGGUUCCCUUCAUGGCCAUUCGGGUUGAGGAACGCACUGCUAUCCAAAAAUGCCAGGAAAUUGCAGCGAUUUCUAUCCAAGACAUCUCCUUAACAACCCAAUUGAAUCAAAUGAUUGGUUGGAACGCUGUUUGGAUGUUAUUCCAGGCCACCAUGGUUCCACUAAUUUGCCUGUCCGCUAGCGUUGCAGAUAAUGAUUCCGCUGCUUCAUUCGAAGCCUGCAAGACGCAGGUCGAAACAGCUAUGUUGACCCUUGGCCGCAUGAAACCUUACGGGCACACCGCUGGACGCUCCCUUGAGGUAAUUUCGGGCAUUCUCGAGUCUAAUCUUCAGGCUCCCAGGGCAUCGCCACUUAAUGCAAGUGGAGAUAGUCUCGACCCCCAAAGUUUUCCCCCUCCGAGUGCGUUCAAUACAGGCCAACAGGUCGCUCGAGACCGUGUUUCGGAUUGGACCGCUACUUCGUUUGAAACACUUUCGUCUCAGUACAUGUGGGAGUAUUUGAGCUGGGAUCAUAGCAAUCUCUGGCCCGAGAUUUUUGACCUCAAUACUCAGAAUGAAGAUGCGGCAAUGUCUUUUCUGGACUCCUCUGGAACUUGA